GCUGAAUAUUACCCUGCAGUCUUAACCAUUCACAUUUCCCGAUGUCGGAUUCACAAUCUCAACGCCCGGGCCGUCCAAGUUGUCUUCCUGCUUCGACCGACUUUCUUUCGAAGUUCUUGACCAAUACACCACACGCAUCACCUCUCCUCCACCUCUCCCUCCGGAAAGCUCUUGACAAGAAUUUUAUCUCAUCUUCCGCUAGCUUUUAUUCUUCUAGCCUUGUUUUCUUUCUAUUAUUUGGAGGGCAUCGAAUUACACAAUCUGGUAUCAUGAGCACGCUGACCCAACCGGCCAACUUGUUGUUAUUGAAGCCAUGUGGCCAAGAAAACUAAGUAUGGACAUGUUACAACUCCUCGGAUGGGUAAGUAUCUCAUAUCUGCGGCACGAUAUAUUAAGCUGUUCAUCUGAUGUUAGUCUAGCGGCCACCCAUAUUAUUGCUUAGGGGAAGGCAAGCAA